CAAGAUAUAAAGCAUGUAGGAGUAUGCGGAAGUUCAACCAACUUUCCCGCAAAAAAUUUAAGUAAUAUUCGUCUCGUCUGCUUUGUUUGUGGCGAGGCUGAGGAAGAUAUUUUCCCUAUAGUGAUUGAUAAUAAUACAACCGUUGAAAAUCUGGGAGUCGAAAUCAGAAAUGUCCGGCGAGACUUAAAUCAAAAAAACUUCGAUCUAUAUGUAGGAAAAUUCAAACAAAUCAAUCGUGCUUUGGUCAAUACUGUGAAUACUACCGAAAAAAGACAAGGGGAAUUGAUGGAGCCUCCCAAUAAUGUUGGAAAAAGAUCCCGAGGAUACUGGGCUCUAGCGAAUCAGAAAGUGGAUCAUGUAGCGGACGAACCUAUUAGUGAACUAAAGGAGGCUAUAAAGACAAAAAAGCCACAAACUUUCGCUAACGUUGACGCCAAUGACAUUAAAUUAUGGAAACUGAAUAUCUCUGACGAUCUUUCACUUGAGGACGGUGACGAGCUGUUGGCAAUAAAUGAUAUAGGAGACUACUGGCCUACUUCACCUCCUAAGAAGCAUAUUCAU